UUUUUGUUUGCUUUUUAACCCAAGGUAGCUACGGCUCAAGUGGUAUGGACACAUUCAAGCGAUUGGCCAAGACCCACAACGUGUGUAUCGCAACGAGUGAGGGCAUCCAGAGUAAUGCGAAUGACAUGAAGUUCGACAACUUAGUGAAGAGUUUGAUGGAGACGAGUCGCGCCAAAGUGGUGGUGUGUUUCUGUGAAGGAAUGACGGUGAAGAAUUUCUUCAUGGCUACCAGACGACAAGACGUCGUUGGAAAAUUCCUGCUCAUAGGAAGUGACGGCUGGGCAACGAGACCGGAUGUAGUGAAGAAGAACACGGAAGAAGCCGCCGGGGGAAUAUCUAUAAAACUAUAUUCACCGUCAAUUAGCUAUUUUGACCACCAUUUUCUCAACCUGAAGCCUUACAAUAAUAGCCGAAACCCGUGGUUCCAGGAAUUCUGGCAGGAAAAAUUCCAGUGCUACCUUGAAGGUAGCGAAAGAAAACCCGAUUAUACGGAACCUUGUACAGGUCAGUAUGAUGGACUUUAA